CCUCAGUGCUAUAGCUUAGGCAGCCACCAUGGCCAACCUCCUUAUCUUAAUUCUUUUAGCCCUUUCUACCCUGUCCGGGAAUCUCGCAGGGUUUUUAAGCAUAGAUUGCGGGUCAUCCACUGUUUACAGUGAUGAAGGGUGGAUCGGAGACGAGGCCUAUAUACAGAAUGGAGAGUCCAAAAGGGUUCAAUCUGGCAAUUCGGUGUCUCAGGUGAUGGACACUUUGAGGGUUUUCUCAAGCCGUAACAAGAAUUGUUACUCUCUAGUAGCUAAGAAAGGAGAGAGAGUUCUGGUUCGUGCCAGCUUUUACUAUGGAAAUUAUGACCACAAGUCAUCUCCCCCUACCUUUGCUCUGCAGUUUGAUGGGAACCCUUGGGCCACAGUAGUGACUUCAAGUGAUCUAGUCAUUUACUAUGAAGCUAUAUAUGCCGUAAAGGGAGAUACUACAAGUGUAUGUGUUGCUCAGACACAGGCUAAUCAAUUUCCCUUCAUAUCAGCACUUGAAAUGGCAAGCUUGGGAUCAAACAUGUACAGCUCUUUGGAUUCAAACUAUGCUUUGUUUCUGAGAAGGAGGUUUGCUUUCGGUGCAAACGAAAUUAUAAGGUUUCAAAGAGAUGCAUAUGAUCGAAUUUGGGUUCCCGGAGUAGCUGUCAAUGGAUUAAUUGCAGUCACAAGUGAUGCACUGGUUAUUGACAGUACCGCUGCAAAAGAUGUUCCUCCACAAGCUGUGCUGCAGAACGCAAUAACCACCUUAAGCACGUCGGAGUCCAUAAUUAUUGGAACUAAUCUUCCAGCCGUUAAAGUUCUGAUCUAUAUCAACGCUUACUUUUCUGAAGUUACCACGCUUGAUUCAACCCAGAAGCGAUCCUUGGAGAUCAACCUGGAUGACAAGCCUGUCUCAAAUCCCAUCGUCCCACCCUACCAAAAAGUACUGGAAGUAACCAUCACCAACCUGACUGCUUCUUCUAAUAAUAACUUGUCUUUGGUGGCUACCUCCGAUUCAACGCUUCCUCCUCUCAUCAAUGCCCUGGAAAUCUUUUCAAUCAGCAAUGAGCUAACUGAUGGGACAGAUAGCAAUGAUGUGGGACAGUUAGGUUCGCUGCAAGUCCUGUAUCCUAUACUAAGACAAUGGGGUGGCGACCCUUGUCUUCCCUCACCAUUUACAUGGGACUGGGUCAAUUGUAGUACUGAUGCUACACCUCGAGUAACAGCUUUGUAUCUCAGUGGCUUCGAGCUAAAUGGCUCAUUUCCAGAUUUGAGUUCCAUGGAUGCCCUUGAAAUAAUAGAUCUGCACAAUAACAGCUUGGAGGGUGAUAUUCCCGAUUACCUUGGCACCAUGCCCAAUCUAAAACAAUUAAAUUUGGCGGAUAAUGAUUUCAGUGGGACUCUGCCCACCUCAAUCUCAAACAAUAAAAACCUAAAACUAAUUGCAACGGGGAAUAAGAACUUGUGCGUCUCUGGAAAGUCAUGUCAGACAAGCGACACCAACACGGGGAAUAAGAACUUGUUCAUCUAUGUAGUCGUGCCCACUUUUCUCUUGGUGUGGAAAUAGAAGCUUAGCAAAGCUGCUAAAUUUUCUAUGGCUAUGCUUGUCACGACCCACGUUCGGAUCAACUCGGAACUUGACCUGCGACCCACGUCAAAGGUUAAAACUAUAACAUGGGAUAUGAUAAGAAAAGAGAUAUUGUGUCAUA